AUGGCCGACCCCGACCCAUCCGUGAGCAAUGGCACCUGCUACUUUAUGGCGAGAAAUUUUGUCUUAGGCGUAUUCAUCCCCUGCGGAAAUGUGGCAUUCGGUAAUAUUCACUGCUGCCAAAUUGGCGACCACUGCCUCGAGGAAGGCGCCUGCUACAACGAAGAAUAUGGCACAACCUACUUGGCCGGAUGCACCGACCAAUCUUACGAGGACGCAAGCUGCCCUGAUAAGAAGGCGUACCGCGAAUACCCCUGGGCAGGCUUGAUCUACUGCAAAUUCAACCGAUGGGUGGCCUGCGAAGAAGAAGGCGCGCCGUCUAAGAUCACAGAAGGCGACGAGUGCAACUGCCCCUCCGACGACGAGCCGAUCACCGUCGCCUUCUCGGCCCCAUCCAUCAUCCCCGGCAUCGGGGUCCUGCCGACCGAAAUAGGAGGCACAAUCGAGUGGUCCUCAGGCCACCUCCCAACCACCACCCAGUCCGAGUCACCCACCACCACCGACUCCGACUCUUCCACCACCAUAACCCCCCCACCGAGCCUCAUCCCAACCAGCCCGACCGAGUCCAACCAAAACAACAACAACAGCACCAGCAGCAGCCUCAGCACGGCCGCAAUCGCAGGCAUCGCCACGGGCGCCUCCAUCGGCGCCAUCCUCCUGCUCGGCGCACUAUCCGCUCUCUGGCUAGUCUUCCGGCGCCGCCGCAACAGCAGUGGCAAUGACAAGAACAAAAACCAAGAUAACAACACCAACAACGGCACACUCCCCGGCGCAGAGACGGGUGCCGUUCCGGGUCUGCCGCCGCACGCUGGCGCUGACAAGUCACCCCCCCUGGCCGAGAUGUCCUCGCCGGAGGUGCCGCAGUUGGCGUUCUCGGAACUAUCCAGCGGUGGUAGUGGUGGCGUCGGAUCGUGGGUGGCCAGGCCCGAGUUGCUGGGCGAUGUGUCGCCGCCCGUGAGCCCGCCGCUGAGUCCGCCGGGGAGUGGCCUGGGGAGUGGGUUUGCUACGCCUGUUGCGGGGGGCUGGGGGGUGCAGAGUGGUGGGUUUGGUGGACAUGGUGGUCAUGGUGGUCAGCAGGGGUAUUAUAUGGCUAUGUCGCAGGGUGAGCAUGAUCAACACGGCUAUUAUAUGCCGCCGCAGGGUGGUCAGGGUCAGCCGGCAUAUCAUCUGCCUCAGGGUGAGCAUGGUCAACAACCCUAUCACAUGACUCAGAAUGAGCAUGGUCAGCAACCCUAUCAUAUGGCUCAGGGCAAUCAUGGUCACCAACCCUCUUCUAUAGCGCAAGGUGAGGUGCAGGGCUGCAGGCCGCCGACAGCGGAGGGUUCUAUGACGGGCCAGGAGGGCGCGUCGGAGUUACCUGCGUGA